AUGGCAAUCACAAAUGAGGAGAUGAAAACGGCGGGAAAAAUUGUAAAGAGGGCUUCAAAUAUCGAGGCUUUUGACAAAUCCGGAGCUGUGUUUAAGGGUUAUCAAAUAUGGACCGAUAUAUCCCCAACAAUAGAAGAAAAUCCAAAUAUCAUGUUUGUAAAAUGUGUUGUGCAGCAGGGAUCUAACAAAGAGAAGUUAACCGUUGUGCAGAUUGACCCCCCCGGCCCAGGAACUUCAUACGAAAUCGACAUCGACCAUGCCUGGAAUUGCAACUCACAAGUGGACCCAAUGUCUUUUGGAGAUAUCGGCUUGCUGAACCAUACUAACGUCCCAUGUGUGUUGGAUUUUCUCAAACACAGAUAUUUCAAGAACCAGAUAUAUACCACUGCUGUGCCCCUUAUCGUUGCUAUCAAUCCGUACAGGGACUUAGGAAACACGACUGCUGAAUGGAUUCGAAAGUACCGUGAUGCUGCUGAUCAUACAAGGUUACCACCACAUAUUUUUUCUUGUGCAAGGGAAGCUCUUUCGAAUCUUCAUGGUGUGAACAAAAGCCAAACGAUCAUCGUGUCUGGUGAAUCAGGUGCCGGAAAGACAGAAGCGACGAAGCAGAUUAUGAGAUAUUUUGCAUCCUCCAAAAGUGGAAACAUGGACUUAAGCAUCCAGACAGCGAUCAUGGCAGCAAACCCAGUUCUCGAGGCCUUUGGAAAUGCGAAAACGAUUAGAAAUAACAACUCUUCACGUUUUGGUCGUUUCAUGCAGUUAGUUAUAUCUCACGAGGGAGGUAUCAGAAACGGUUCAGUGGUUGCCUUUCUUCUAGAGAAGUCGAGAAUUAUAACGCAGGACGAUAACGAAAGGUCUUAUCACAUAUUUUAUCAGUUCCUUAGAGGUGCCAGCAAAAGUAUGAGAGAGAAAUUUGGAUUGAGAGAUGUAAAGAGUUACAAGUUGUUGAACCCUAACUCGACUGAAGUACCUUCUGUUGAUGAUGAAAAAGAUUUUGAAGAAGUGAUGGAGUCCUUAAAAAAUAUGCAGUUAACAGAUGAUCAGAUAGAAUAUAUAUUCUCCGUAGUAGCUGGUAUUUUAACAUUAGGAAAUGUUCGAAUGAUAGAAAAGGCAGAAGCUGGAUUAACUGACGCAGCAGCUAUUCAUGAUGAAGACAUGGACCUGUUUAAGAGAGCCUGUGAUUUAAUGUUCUUAAAUCAUGAAUUGGUUCAGAGAGAAUUAUUAGUAAAAGUUACCAAUGCAGGAGGAAACAAAAUCGAAGGUAGGUGGAAUAAAAAUGAUGCAGAAGUGUUGCAGUUGUCCCUUUGCAAAGCUAUGUAUGAAAAAUUAUUCCUCUGGAUCAUCAAAAACUUGAAUAGUAGAAUUGAGCCAGAAGGUGGGUUCCAAGUGUUUAUGGGCAUGUUAGAUAUUUUCGGUUUCGAGGUGUUUAAGAACAAUUCGCUAGAACAGUUAUUUAUUAACAUCACGAAUGAGAUGCUCCAGAAGAACUUUAUUGACAUUGUUUUUGAAAGGGAAUCUAAAUUGUACAUGGAUGAAGGAAUAUCUACUGCUGAAUUAAAAUAUACUAGUAACAAGCCAGUAAUUGACCUCCUGUGUGAGAGAGGAAAAUCAGUUUUGUCCUACUUGGAAGAUCAGUGUCUUGCCCCAGGAGGAUCAGAUGAGAAAUUUGUUAGUGCUUGUAUUACAAAUUUGAAAAAUAAUGAACGAUUUACUCCAGCCAAAGUUGCUUCGAACAAAAAUUUCGUCAUCCAACACACCAUUGGUCCAAUUCAAUAUUGCUCUGAUAACUUUUUAUUAAAGAAUAAAGACGUGUUGAGAGGGGAACUAGUUGAGGUAAUUAAAAGUUCGGACAAUGAAAUUGUGAGGAAUUUGUUUGAAGGUCAAGUUAUAGAAAAGGGAAAAAUUGCCAAGGGGUCGUUAAUAGGAUCUCAAUUUUUGAACCAGCUAACUGCAUUGAUGACGUUGAUUAACAGCACAGAACCUCAUUUCAUUCGUUGUAUCAAGCCAAAUGAAAAUAAGAAACCCCUGGAGUGGUGUGAACCCAAAAUUUUAAUUCAACUUCAUGCCCUUUCCAUUUUGGAAGCCCUCGUCCUUCGUCAAUUGGGUUACUCAUACAGAAGAACAUUUGAAGAUUUUCUAUACCAGUUCAAGUUUAUCAACAUUGCCAUCGCUGAGGACUCCUCCCUUGAUGCCAGGUCCAAGUGUGAGAAGAUACUGGAGUCUUCUGGCCUCUCCGAGAAUAUGCUCAAGAUUGGAAAGACCAUGGUGUUUCUGAAACAGGAGGGAGCCAAGCUAUUGACUACCAUCCAGAGGGAGAAGCUCGUGGAGUGGGAGAACUGCGUCAGCGUGAUCGAGGCCGCCAUAAUGAAGCAAAAGUACAAGAACAAGGUCAACGAGAACUUGCCUUCCCUUGUGAGGGUCCAGGCGCACAUAAGGAAGAGACUCGCCGUGUAA